GCGGUACAGCACUGGCCAAAACAGCUAGCAGAGAGGAGGCUAACAUUAGCUAGGGAGCAGUUCAGCAGCAGCUGUAGCGCGUAAAAAAGAAACUCCAUCUACAAUUCAAUGACAACAACAGCAAACUUUCAAAUAUGCGCUUGGAUAUCGACUGAUACUUGUUGAAAUUAUCCUGUCUUCAUCUUCUUUAACGCUCUGUGAAGCUCCCAGCGAUCUGAAAAGCGCAGGAACUUAACAGUGGGGAAAUGGACUCUGAUCGAUUGAGGCGAAGAGAGGAAAUCCAUAAAGCAAUGAGUUUUAUCCAGUCCUCAUUGCCUUACCCACAGCCAGAGAAUUAUGAGGCCUUUCUGACUCAAUUGGUGUGUAACCUGCUGGAUGAGGGCAACGCUUGCUUUCGAGAAGGAGACUCCCGUCAGGCAACCCAGCAGUACGGCGAAGGGAUCAGUGUUGCCCGCUAUGCCCAGGCUGAGGCCCUUGUCAUCCCUCAUGAGCUGCUGGAGAGCCUCUAUGUCAACAGGGCUGCUGCCUUCUACCAAAUGAGGGAGUUUGAGCGGGGGAUUCAGGACUGUGAAAGUGCACUUUUUGUGUCUGAAGGCAGUCGCAGGGCUUUGUACCGCAAAGCUCUCUGCCUGAGAGACCUGGGACGACUCCGUGAGGCUUACGAGUGUGGCACAAAGUGUCUUCUCACUGCACCAAAUGACAGACAGGUGAAUGAUCUGGCCCAGGAUCUGGCCAAUAAACUAGGACUGAAGGGCCGUAAAGCCUACGUCAGCCCCCAGACAGAGUCCACAACCACAGAAGGAGAGAGUCUUGGCGAGACAACCCCACCUACUGGAGAGUUGUCCUCCAAUGGGCUGGAGUCUUUAGGUGACAUGGGACCAGCAGACCUGUCAAGUGCACAGUGCAUCCCUGCACCGUUGGCCACGCCCAUUCCAGUCAGCGACGAUCCUGCAACAUCAGUCAUGACCCCGUGCACUGACCUGUCAGAGAGCCCCAGCAACCAGUCCCUACCGCCCAUGCCCUAUUCAGUUCCCGUUUCAGAACACAUGGACGAAUGCAGCAGCGUUAUCAAGGACGAGCUUGACAGUCUCCUCGAAUGCAUCCCCAAGAAAGUCAGCGAGAGUCCAGUCCAAGGUGCUAUCCCCACCAACCUUCCAAACACUGCAGUGGGUCUGCGGCCCCCUUAUUCCCCCAACCUCCCGGCUCCGUCAACCCAGCUUGCCCCUACCUUCUUCGGCACUUCCAUCAGUGAAAUCCCACCCCUGGAGGCUUACUCGCCGCUGGCCCAGCGAGACCAGGGCUCCACCCAGGCGCAGGACGCUCUGGGAGGAGGCUUUUCAACCGGAGCCCUGGAUGGCGAAGGGAAAGCCGGCGUCAUCGCUGGUGGGAUUGACUCUUUAUCAGAGUACACUCUCCCAGGGGGACGAGUAUGUCACAGCUUCAUCCCUGGGAUGCGCAACCACAGCUCCGCACAAGCGAAUGGUCCAGCAGGAACCAACCUCUCCAUGUUGUCCAGGAAUCCUCUGACUGGCACACACGAGUUCCGUCAGGCCUGCCAUGCUUGUUAUAGCCGAAUAGGUCCGCGAGUGAUGGACUACAAAUAUCAACCAGAGGCAGCACAUCGAUGCAAGAGGGAUGUCCUGCUGUGUCGCCUGAAAAGCACAGACGACCCCACCUGGAAGAGGAUUCGGCCCCGACCUGCACGGAACAACUUUUUAGGAGCCUUUGUACUCUGUAAAGAGGUGCAGGAGCGCCAGGAGUGCCAGUACGGUGAGAACUGCACCUUUGCAUACUGCCAGGAGGAAAUCGAUGUUUGGACACAAGAGAGGAAAGGCGCACUGAGCCGAGAGCUGCUCUUCGACCCCCUGGGUAGCACAGAGAGACGUGCACUCAGUGUCACCAGACUGCUGCAGCUCCACAUGGGCAUGUUCAUGUUCCUCUGUGAGGAAUGUUUUGAUAGUAAGCCCCGCAUCAUCAGCAAGCGCAGCAAAGAAAACCUGUCAGUCUGUUCAAACCUCACAGCUCGACACCCGUUUGACGAUAACAAGUGCCUGGUGCAUGUGGUGAGGUCGGCAAAUGUGCGUUACAGCAAGGUGCGCCCCCUCCACCCACUUUGCCAGUUUGAUGUGUGCCGCCACGAGGUUCGCUACGGCUGCCAGCGUGAGGACAGCUGCUCCUUUGCACACUCUGUCAUAGAGCUUAAAUGUUGGGUGCUGCAGCAGGACACGGGCAUAACCCAUGAAGAGAUGGUUCAGGAGUCCAAAAGACACUGGCAAAGGCUGGAGCAGAAUGCACAGAAGCAGCAGAGGCCCAUUCAUAUUCCCCACCCGAGUAGCAGCCUACCGGUUGGAGGGGUUGGGGGAAUGGGAGGCGGCGGUGUAGGGGGAGGAGACGGCAUCGGCGGAGGCGGUGUCCCCUCCAUGGGAGGCCUGGGCGUGGGAGCUUUGGGAGGUGGCGCGGUUCGGGGCCGUCCCCUCAACCUGAAAAUGAAGUUUGUUUGCGGACAAUGCUGGAGAGAGGGGCAGGUGAACGAGCCCGACAAGAACCUUAAGUAUUGUACUGCCAAAGCACGACACAGCUGGACAAAGGAACGUCGAGUCUUGCUGGUGAAAUCCUUUGAGAAGAAGAAGUGGGUUGUCGUUCGUCCUCUACCAUUCUCCCGCACCUACCCACAGCAAUAUGAUAUGUGUGUGCAUGUGAUGAAGCAGAAGAAGUGCCACUACAUUGGCAACUGCUCCUUUGCCCACAGCCUGGAGGAGAGGGACGUCUGGACGUACAUGAAGAACAACAGUUUGAGAGACAUGCAACAAAUGUAUGAGCUGUGGCUGCAGCUCACCAAUCAAAGUAGACGCACAGACAGUUCUGCAGUGACCCCGCCCCCUGAGGACAAACAGGUGACCAUAACAGCAGACUACAGCGAGAGCAUGGGAGGCCGGCGGAUGUCAGACGGAGACGACCUCUGAGACUCCAGUCAGCUGAUUGCUGCCAACAGAGAUCAGAGCAACCGGCCGCACCAGCUACAACUCAGUCAGUCUGUCAUCUUGCCAGUCUGACCUCUUGACAUCCAGCCAGCCAGCCGUGUGGGAGCUGAUGUAAACAUACACACUUGUCUCGCAUAUUCACACAACACAUCAGCCAUCAAUUCUUGGAGGAAGCUUUGUUUCAGCAGCACCUUUAGAUACCCCCUGUUCCCCAUUGCACUGCAGGAGUGAUAAUUAUGAUCAUGAUAAAUCCUUACAUAUAGGCCGAAAAUCUGUGUCCACCAGGCACCUCCUUUUUGGGGUUAUUGUUUUGUUUUUUUUUGGGAGAGGGGGUUCAAACCUCGCAGCACCAAAGCAAUUCUUGAAUGAGCGCGCUGGCCGUGAUUCUUAUUGUUUUUGCUUGGCAGUCAAUGGAAAAAGUCCCCUGAAGAAUGGAGCUUUCAUGCUAAAAGUUGACAUUUCAACUGAGAAGUGCCAAAAAAAAAAGCUCCCAGUGUUGUUUAAGGUUAUUUAAAAGAAGGUCCUGGUGGAUACGCCACACCAGUCCGGCUGCAUUACAUUAGAUCCCCCGCUGAUUAUUUCGGUUGCGUUCCAAAACAACAAAUGGCAAAUGGCUAAAAACUGCAAACAAUGGACGCACCCAUAAAAAGCCUAUUUUUGAUACUCUGAACCCUAUAAUAUGCCUCUCACGGUUAUUAAACGCAUUUUAAAUAGCUUUGAAAAUGUGCAGUUGCACCUCAUGUCUUGUUGAAGCAUCUUCCUGCUGGAAAAUGUUGAGUGAAUCUUCUUGUGAGACAGCACCCUCUGCUGGAUUCAUAGCUGCAGCACUCCUCUCCCCCCCGCAGAUAGCACCAUCAAACCACUUUCUAUUUACAUUACUAUUAAAAAGGCAGUUUAUUUUACAAUUUAAAGCAAGAGAAAAGAAAUGCGUGAAUAUGGAGGAAUCUAUUGUACAACCAAAAUCCUACCCUUUCCUUUGUGGAAAUAACAGCAGGUGGGCCAAAAUGUUUUUUUGGGGGGAAUGGGGGUUGUUUUUAAUGGGAGUUGUCUGCGUCGUCCUCAUAUUGUCUGCCAUAUUGGUAGAGCACUUUGAAUGUAACGCCUGCACGGGCCUUUAAAAUGGGGAAUAUCGAUCAAUUGAAAUGGCGCUGUUGUUGUGAGAGGUAUGUAAGUCUUCUUACAUUUCCAACAUCCUAAGCAAAAUAAUGGUUUUCCUCUCCUUCCCCCCUCUACUUUCUGUUAUAAAUUAAUCCUGCCAUACACAAAGUAACAUAUACAGUGCUAAUGGCUGAAUCUCUAAGAAGCAUACAAACAAUCGUGACAUAAAAAAUGAAAACCUCAAUCGGACUGAAGCACAGUGUCGAUGGCGCCUGCGCAGAAGACUUGUGUUGAAGUACUUAAAGAAGAAUUAAUAGCAAAUAGGCUAAAAAGACGUCGCGAAGAAGGUUUACUAGAAUGAUUGAAUUUAAUUAAGUAUAUAUUGUUUUUCUUGAUUGUCAGAAUAUUGAUGUUAAUUUGGAACAUAAAGGCAAGUUGACACGUCUUGAGUCCGACUGGGGUAAAUAUUUCCUCACAUCCACACAAAUAUCACCAUUGGUCCUAAUGGCUUAAUAAAGAAGAACAUUUGGGGAGCCACACCCUUUUUUUGUGCCUGUGAACAACACACACACAAGCAGGGUAUCUACCUGCCAUCUCAUCUAUGCCUUUAAUGCAAACAGACACAAGUGAGGUAUGUCUAUACUGAUUCUCACACACACAACAUACUUACAUACAGUAUAAUGCUAUACUACUAAUAAUAAAAUGAUAACUUAGCAAUUAAGCUUAAUAAAUAUAUAACCUGACAAACCUGUAUUGAUUACAUAGAACUUCUUGUUAUUGAGGUAUUGCUAUAUGACAUGUAUCGCUGAAUAGACUACUAUAGUGAUUUUUUUUUUUCUCUCUUUAUAUUCUUUUUAUGUUGUAAUUUUUCCCUUCUGCGUGGGUUCUUCCAGGCAGGGUUUUGCAUGAGGGGGCGGUGGCUUACAGUUAAAAAUAGAUGGAGCACAAGCUUAUUUUUUAAGUGUUGCACACAUUAUGAGUUAUGUUGCUGUGCUAAUGAGCCCUGGUCUGGAACAGCCCACUAUUUAGCUACUUUGAGGGAUCGUAUUACUACUACUCUUUAGUAUUAUGAAUAUGAUAAUGAUUGCUAUUGACUAUUUCUCUUCUAUAUCCUAUUGAUAUACAGUAUGUAUGUUUAUUGCAAUGUAUAACUAUAUAUGUAUCCAUGUAUGAAUAUGGUAAAUAGGCAUCCGUGUAUGCAACAUGCACAGCCUGUCUUGGGAGGCGGUGAGCAGACAACAAAGUAGACGCCUAAUUCUACAACCUCUUUCCAGAAGCCUUCGAAUCGCUGUUAAAAAGUUCUCUGCUUACUGCCUCUGCUGUGCUAUUUUCAGUCAUACACAGAGGCUUACAUACUCCUGCAUAGCGCCUUAUUCAAUAUAGUACAUCUAUUAAAAAUGAUACCCUUAUUGUAUAAUCCUGCUUACUAUAUACAGUACAAUAUGUGAUAGCUGAUAACCUAUUAUAAUACUUAAACACCCCCAGUAAGGUAAUUUAGAUAAGUGAUGGUAGAGCUGUUUUUUUUUUCCAGUGGCUUGGCAGAGUUGAAAAACGUUAAAACUCCUCACUUAUACUGAUUUUUGCAGUAUUUCAUUUGUAAACUCCCAGACAGUCAAUACUAUCAUUGAACCUUACAUAAAAGUAUGACUAAUGUGAUUAUACUAAUAUGUAAUAUAUUUAUUGUAUGUCUCUCUCCAAGCCACAGGAAAAAAAAAAGUCAGCGUCACUGAUAUUCAUGUGAACCACCGCCUCCCUUUUUGUUCAUUUGAUUCCCAGCACAAACAUGCCAACACAGCCACCACCCAAUCAUGAAUCGCAUGUAUCAGUUAGGACAUUAUUGGUUAUUUGAAUUGAUUUCAAGAGGAUAAAGAAAGCCAGGGUUGUAGUAAGAAGUGAACAAACAAGGCCUCUAUCGGGUUUUUUUUGUACUGUAUUUUUAUGAUCUGUUUUCCAGUUUUUACGUAUUAUUGAUUUUGAUUUGUUUUCUCUCCUCCCUGGUUGGAAGUUGAUAAAUACUCAAGUGGACCAAUUCUCUUGAAAGCAUUUAAUAAACAGACAGUUUUAGAAGAACGGAAAGGAGUUUUGUUUUCAUUGCCGUUAUUAAAAUCUAAGACUUUUGAGGUGGGGUUUUAAAAGGCCUUAAAGGAAAACGGCACUUAUGUUGGAAUUUUACUCAUCAUCCACAAUCUUUGUGAGACAUGAACACAGACGUCUUUUCUGUGUGUUCUAAAUAGAGAAAAACUGCUAGCACGAGGCAGCCAACAAUGCACGUAAUGGGAUUCAUCUCGUCCGCCUCUAAAGCCCUCUAUUAAAACACCUCCAACGUUUUAUCGUUUUAUAUACAUGCUGUGACCAUGUAGUAACAGGUACAUUCAUGAUAACGUGAUACUUGAGUAUUUUGGUCAUUUUAAGCAUUACCGGAGUUUCCUUCCUGGGCUUAUUGAUUUCACACAGCCCAUAGCAACGAACGCUACUUCCGUCAACAACAGCAACAUAGUAUCACUAUAUGGCAGACUUUCUGAGAGCUGACGACGACUACUACUUUUUACUUUUAGUCUCCCCAGGCAGAGAAUAAUGGGUACAAGCUAGAUCCAUCUAUAGUGAAACACUAAGCCAUUCUCAUAGCAUUAGCAUGUAGUGCUAAAUGUUUCAUGGACAAACUAAGUGCUGUCUUUUAAAACGAUGGAUAUCGCAGCCAGAAGUUACCUCCUACUCUUUAUGUGAGGUGGUUGGCAUAGAAGUCGCUGCCUUCAGACGCCAUUUAACUGAGGGCAGAGCUAUAUGUUUCAGACUUUGGGACUUCACAGGUUUUUUAAGUGGGCACCCCACUCCACCGGUGUUUCAUCAACUAGCCCACGAUACCUCAGUGUCUCUGCCUGCUUUGAAGUGUUCUAGGGGUUGCGCCACCUGACCCCGAGCAUCCCCAGAGUUCUCGAGAGUGAGUGUCCAGGGAACCCCUGCAACCAACCUCCGCUGGUUAGUUCCAGGCUCUCCACCCUCUUUGCUGGCGCUCAAAGAUGAGUGACU